ACGUGGCGCGUGACGGUUGACGUGACGUCACGGUCACGGUGACGCGACGCGUGACGGUUGACGUGACCGCUGUGGACGGCGGCCCCUCAGCUGCUUCAGCCAGCUCUCUUACCACGCAAGCUCCGUCAAAGCUCACACUGACCACAGCGAGGAGGAGCGGUUCACCGAGUUCUGAGCUCGGUCAGGGCGCUCGCGAGCCAUCGCCUGUCGAACCAUUCUCACCUUUCACCUCACCCUUUUCUCUUUUCUCACCGAUCACCUUUGGCUGCUAGCCGUCCAGCUGCAUCAGAGCCGCCGCCAUGCUACCAGCGCCGCUGGCCCUCCUCGCGCUCAUCUGCGCUGCCUUCGGGCAAGCAGGCGCCCAAGGCUGCUUCGACGCCGCCGGCACCAGCUUCUUCGGCGAGAACACGGCCUACUUCCUGGACCAGCGGUACAACUGCACCAUCAUGACGUGCCGCGACGGCAGACCCAAGGUGCUCCUGAAGCUCUGCGAGCCGCCAA